AUGAUGUCUUAUCUUAAGCAACCACCUUAUGCAGUCAAUGGCCUGAGUCUCACAACCUCGGGCAUGGAUUUGCUGCACCCGUCCGUCGGUUAUCCCGGUAAGCCAGGGCUCCCGGCUCCUUUCGCAGCCACCCCCCGAAAGCAGCGGCGGGAGCGCACCACCUUCACCCGGGCGCAGCUGGACGUGCUGGAGGCCCUUUUUGCCAAGACCCGCUACCCCGACAUCUUCAUGCGGGAGGAGGUGGCGUUGAAAAUCAACCUGCCCGAGUCCAGAGUGCAGGUGUGGUUCAAAAACCGCCGGGCCAAGUGCCGGCAGCAGCAGCAGCAGCAGCAGAACGGGGGCCAGAACAAGGUGCGGCCGGCCAAAAAGAAGAACUCGCCGGCCCGGGAAGUGAGCUCGGAGAGCGGGACCAGCGGGCAGUUCACGCCCCCCUCCAGCACCUCGGUCCCCACCAUUUCCAGCAGCAGCGCCCCUGUGUCCAUCUGGAGCCCGGCGUCCAUCUCCCCGCUCUCUGACCCCCUGUCCACCUCUUCCUCCUGCAUGCAGAGGUCCUACCCCAUGACCUACACCCAGGCCUCAGGUUACAGCCAAGGAUACGCUGGCUCGACCUCCUAUUUCGGAGGGAUGGACUGUGGAUCUUAUUUGACCCCUAUGCACCACCAGCUGCCCGGACCUGGGGCCACCCUGAGUCCCAUGGGUGCGAACGCGGUCACCAGCCACCUCAACCAGUCUCCGGCCUCCCUCUCCACCCAGGGCUACGGAGCCUCCAGUUUGGGCUUUAACUCGACCACCGAUUGCUUGGAUUAUAAAGACCAAACCACCUCCUGGAAGUUAAACUUCAAUGCUGACUGCUUGGAUUAUAAAGACCAGACAUCCUCAUGGAAGUUCCAGGUUUUGUGA